CAACCACUUAUUUGGCGCGAUAAUCUCUCCUUUGCCCAAAACGUCGUCGUUCCCACCACAUUCAAUUCUCUGUGCUGCAAAAUCAAUUAUAGUAACACCACAAACUUAAUUAUACUACUACCUUCUCAAGAGAUUAAUUUCCAACAACAACAAACACAUUCCAAAUCAUCAUUAAUUCAUUUCCCUAACAUUCAUAAUUCACUCAUUUAUUUAAUUCAAUUUUCUUUUAACCUCAAGAUCCAUUCUUGAAAUUUCACCUUCUAGGGUUUCAAUUUCCCCUUUCUUCUUUGAAUGGACCUUCUCCCAUUCUCUCGAAGAAACCAAAAACGACUUCUCCUAAUCGCCGUUUUAGGAGCUUCUGGUUAUGGUGCUUACAAAGCCUAUCAUUUACCCUAUGUUGUUCAAAAGAGGAACCGUUUCACCAAGCUUCUCAAAGCUUUCGUUUCUCUUGCUGAGCUUGCUUCAGAUUCCGCAGAAACAGUUUCAAUCGUUUCUAAGGAUUUGAAUCGAUUCCUCACCUCUGAUUCAGACGAAAUUCCCAAUAGUUUGAAACAAUUAUCGAAAAUUGCUACAUCGAAUGAAUUUUCGAUAACAAUUUCUAGGGUUUCGGAGUCUUUAACAAAAGGAAUUUUGAUAGGGUAUAAUGAUUGUAAUAAACCCUCGGAAGUUGGUGCAGAAAGUUCGAAUUUUUCGGAUAGGGUGUUGGAGAGGCUAUUUUCUAAGGCUGGAACUGGUUUUGUAUCGGUUGUGGUUGGAAGUUUUGCUAAGAAUUUGGUUUUGGGUUUCCGUUCGAAAUCGGAGAGUGUUGAUGGUGAAUUUGAUUCGGGGUCUCGAUCGGAUGUUGUUCCUAGAUGGGUGAGUGUGCUUUGUGAUGAGAAGUGUGGGAAGGUUAUAGGAGAUUGUGUGCAGAUUUUUGUGAGUACUGCUGUUGCUGUUUUUCUUGAUAAAACAAUGGAUGUUAAUACUUAUGAUGAAUUGUUUGCUGGAUUGACUAAUCCUAAACACCAUGAGAAAGUGAAGGGGGUUUUGGUUUCUCUGUGUAAUGGUGCUGUUGAGACUUUAGUUAAAACAUCUCAUCAGGUUUUGACGAAUCCGAAUGUGAAAUCCAAUUCUAGUUCGCCGAGGGAAAAUGAGUGUUUGAAGCCAGAGGCUUAUGUUGGGCAAUUCAAAAUUGGGAGCUCUGUUAGUGGAGUUGAAGAUUCUGGGUGGCUUGAACAGAUUAAAUCAACUCUUUCUGUGCCAGCUAACCAGAGGUUUGUGCUUGAUGUUACGGGGAGAGUGACAUUUGAAACAGCGAGGUCAUUUGUGGAGUUCUUGUUAUGGAGAUUAUCAGAAGGCUUCAAAAAGGGUGCUAAUAAGGUUCAUGAUGAAGUUGUAGACAGAGGAAUGCAGGUCGUUAGAUAUGUAGGAGCUAAGUCGUCAGUUAUUCUUACCUUGUGUCUUGCUUUGUAUUUACAUAUUUUGGGUGGUAGUAGGAUUAUAAUGCCGGCGUAGUAUGAUCACUCAUCCUAGCCUCUUGUAAUGCAGAUGGAAUAUAAUUUUCAGUUAGAAUAGAUCUUUACACU